CCGAAAUAAUUUAGGCAAACAGGCCCAAUCUUUUCGGGGCAUCCAUGAAUUGGCCCGCAAACGAACAGACAACACUCAAAACAGUCAACAGCUCGAAUCAGUUUCUCUUUGGGUAGAAGAGACAGUGAGAUACUACAGUGGUAGGGUUUGGUUUCCUCUUUGGAAGAAAAAGCUCUGAGAAAAUCAGAAAAGGGGGGCACAUUUAGUGAAUCUCUGGAGCAAAAAUGGCAGCUGAAUACAAACUGAGCCUGAAGCUGUUGAUAGAUACUGCAAGUAACCGGGUUCUUUUCGCUGAAGCUGGAAAAGAUGCGGUCGAUGUCCUCUUCCACAUGUUGACCUUGCCAAUGGGUACUGUAAUUAGGCUUCUUAGCAAGCAACAAAUGGUGGGUUCUCUGGGAAACCUCUAUGAAAGCAUAGAGAACCUUAGGGAAAGAUACAUCCAGCCGAAUCAGAGCAAAGAUUCGCUUCUCAAACCAAGAGCCCCGAUUAAUGCCACUUUUUCAAACCCUCUUCUGUCCCUUCCGCCAGAAGACCUUGAAUCGUCUGGAUUUGUUGGUUACAGGUGCAACAGUGGGCAUAUGUAUUUCUGUGAUGAUCCCCAUGGUGUUUGUCCUCAGUGCAGAAACCCUAUGUCUUACAAGAUGACGUAUGUUGCUCCUCCACCACUGAGCAAGCUCCAAAAUGGUGCUGAAGAUCUGGAAGGAAGCGGUGGAUUUGUGAAGGGUCUGGUGACUUACAUGGUUAUGGACGACUUGGUGGUGAAGCCUAUGUCCACAAUUUCAAGCAUUGCUCUGCUUCAUAAGCUCAAUGUCAAGGACAUUGAUGCCCUUGAAGAGAGGGAGGUAGACCUAGGCAUCAAUGAGGCUUUGAACUUGCUUAAGGCAUCGCUGGCAUCAAAGGAAGUUCUUACCACUGUGUUCCUGGGUAACAGUCCUGCUGAUCAUCUGUUUGAUUAUGAUGUGGCUCUGUACAGUCCUACGCAUGACCUAAAACGGCCCCGCCCGUCUUCUCCUGAACAUUAAAACGCAAAUGCUAGCAUCCCCCACCAGUCUUCCUCUCGCUCGCGUUCCUCCUCACCCGUCUCUGAUGCACUGUACUGCUCACCCUUUACCUCAUUACAGAAGUGGGAAACUACUCCCCUCCCUUGUUUGUUACCAUUUGCUUCAAUUAAAAUGGUUAUAAAAGUGGAAGUAGUAGUAUUUCAUGAUAUAAUGGGGUGAAGCCAUUUAGGUAGAGGGAAUCCGUAAUAAUUCCUGGCGAACAUGGUACUAAUUUUGUUUAUGAGCAUAACGAUGUUGCUGUUGGAGUUUAGUUAUUGUGCUUUAGAUUAUGUAAGUAGGAUUUGAUUAUCAUCACGAUGUUGUGGCUGGUGGUGUAUGAUUAUUGUGCAUGAACUUUAUGUAAGAAUGACAGUCAUGUCUGUAAGCGUCAUCUGGUAUUUCAAGUCAUGUUUGUUGUAGUGUUGUUACCUUAUGUAGUUCAAGGGGCUUGGCCUGUCUCGGACUAGCUAGCUCAGUAAAUUCAAAAAUAUUAUGGAAAACUCACUAACGUGUCCAGAGAUCCAGUGAUGUAGAUUAUUUUCCCCUGAUUUCUACAAAUAUUUGCUGUGUUUGAUUGCCCAAGAUGUCAAUAGUCAUGUUAUAUGUAUCCCAGAGUCAAGUGCAAAGGUUUUAAUUUUAAUGCACAUUUAGGCUAGACAGGGAAUGCAAAUGAAAGUUGGACGUCUUGCAACUUCAGUUUUCAGCUUGAGACAACAUUUGCAGUCUUGCUAGCACAAAACAGAAGCAACAAUGCCAGAUAGGGGAGAUGGUUUUGAAUGUGUG